AUGGUGACCAUGCCUCACUCUCGCCCCCGACACCAACCCCACCCGCAAAUCUUCUACACCCUCUCGACCACUCCCGACCGCGACGCCCUAUCCAUCCGUCUCGACCACUUCCUCCCAGACGGCUCCCACCACGACUCCCAGGUCCACACAAUCUCCAUGCGCCCCCAAACAUCCACAGCAGUGAUCGAACUAUCCGCCAACGGGGUGUCUGCAGGCCAGCGCAUCCGUCUGCACCCCGACUCCGUCGUGUGCGUGGAUUUCUUGCCCAAGGUGUUUGGCUCUGUCGUGGUCAUGUAUGCCAUGACUGCGGACAGGGUGGCUGUUUUCAUGCAGCCGUUCAUGGCUGGGAUUGGGGUGGAGGAGAGGCCUGUUGCUGUGUUUGAUGAAAAGGGGGGAGGGUUUGAGGUGCUAGGUAAGUGGGAGAUGGUGCCUGUCAAGCUGGAGGCUGAGGAGAGGGAUUGGGAGGGGGAUGUGCGUAUGGAUGGCGCGCAUGAUGCACUACUUGACGGUCUGUAUGGUGAGCAAAUUGACGCUUCUUUCUUCCAGUCAUUGUCUCUAAAUGUUAAUUGCCUUUUGUUUUUGUUAAUCCUACGAGAUAUCAUCAACCGCUACUCAACACGCUUCAGGGGAAGUCGGUGA